AUGAUUGACAAGGAAGUAAUCUUAAAAUAUUUAUUGAAAUGGUAUACUCUCUUAGGGUUUAUUGUUUUGUAUGUGUUUUUUCAAACAGUUGUUCGAGAUGCAAUUUUAAGUAAAAAACUUGGAUGCAAAAACCCACCAUAUUUAUGGAAAGUAAAAAUCCUUGGAUUAAUAACAUUGAAUGAACUCCUUACAGCAAAAAGACAAGGUAAUUUAACUGAAUAUUUAGGUGGUCUCUUUGCUCGUUAUCCAACCGACACAUUUUAUGUCAGAUAUGGACAUGUUUUGAAGAUGGUUGUCACUCUAGAUCCUGAAAAUAUGAAAGCGGUUUUAGCUACUCAAUUCAAUGACUUUUCAUUAGGUAGAAGACAUGUUCAUUUCGAACCCUUAUUGGGAGAUGGUGUUUUCACUUUGGAUGGUGAAGCUUGGAAAUUCACCCGUGGAAUGUUGAGACCACAAUUUGCUAGGGAACAGGUUGGCCAUGUCCAAUUGUUAGAACCACAUGUUCAAGUGCUUGCUAAACAUAUUGAAUUAUAUAACGGUAAGACAUUUGAUAUUCAGAAAUUGUUCUUUCAAUUCACGGUUGAUACUUCGACACAAUUUUUGUUUGGAGAAUCGGUUCAUUCCCUAUAUGACGAUCAUUUGGGUCUUCCUACUCCUAAUAAUAUUCCGGAACGUGAUGGGUUUGCAGAAGCUUUUGGUGUUUCACAAACAUAUUUGGCUACUAGGGCAUAUCUGCAAAUCUUACACCAUUUAUUCAAUACUCCAGAGUUCCGUCGUUGUAAUAGAAAAGUUCAAGCUUUGGCUAAAUAUUAUGUCACGUUGGCUCUUAGUUAUAGCCCUGAAGAGCUCGAAAAGAAAUCCAGGGAUAAUUAUACAUUUUUGUAUGAAUUGGUCAAACAAACUAGAAAUCCUAAAAUGUUACAAGAUCAAUUAUUGAACAUCAUGGUUGCGGGUAGAGAUACAACAGCCGGUUUGUUGUCAUUUACUCUUUUUGAAUUGGCUAGAAAUCCACUUGUAUGGCAAAAACUCAAGGAUGAAAUCUAUGCGAAGUUUGGAUAUGGUGAUGAAGCUAGACUUGAUGAAAUCACUUUUGAAUCAUUGAAGAAAUGUGAGUACUUAAAGAUUGUUCUUCAAGAAGCGUUAAGAAUGUAUCCAUCUGUCCCUAUCAAUUUCCGUAUGGCUACCAAAGACACAACAUUGCCUCGAGGUGGUGGAAAAGAUGGAACUUGGCCAAUUUUUAUUCCUAAGGGUUCUUCAGUUGCUUAUAGUGUGUAUCUCACCCAUAGGUUGAAGAAAUAUUACGGUGAAGACGCAGAGAUGUUUAGACCUGAAAGAUGGUACGAUUUGAAAAAGUUGGGCUGGGCAUAUCUUCCAUUCAACGGUGGUCCAAGGAUCUGUCUUGGUCAACAAUUUGCACUUACAGAAGCUUCUUAUGUUAUUACCAGAUUAGUACAAAUGUUUCCUAAUAUUAGCACUAUGGAUCCAAACUAUCCACCAAAGAAACUCAUUCAUUUGACUAUGAGUCUUCAAGAUGGGGCUAAUAUUAAAUUAUGGACAUGA